CUUCUUUGAUUUACAGAUUUAAAGAAUAUCAAAAAGCUCACAACGAUGUUUGUGAAAUGGUGGAAACGGCCAAUCAGUUUGCCAAAUAUAUAAUAUUUGUUUAUUAUGUAUUCAUGAUUCCCGAAUGCUGCUUUGUAUUACAUCAAGCUAUAAUUUUAAAAGAAGGAAAUUUUUAUAUUCUUAUGGUGGGAUGGUUUAUCUAUUGCAUAUUUGUUAUUAUAUUUAUUACUUUAUCAGCAGGCAACGUACUUGAUGCGGCAACAGAACCAAAAGAAACAUUACAUCAAUUCACUUCAAUAGAAAAAAAUGCAAAAAUAAAAUUUCAGAUUAGCAUCUUCUUGGAGAGAUUUAACUGUCCAAAAAUAGGCUUGAGUUUCUUGAAUUUUUUUGUUGUCACUAAAAGUUUACUGACAAAUAUUGCAAGUAUGAUCCUUACUUAUCUAUUAAUGAUCUUACAAUUUCGUCAAAUGAUGAAAUAGUCAAAAUAAGACAUUUUCGUUGUUUUAUGACGAAAUGUUUAUGUCCGAUAAUAAAAUUACCGUAUUAAUCUUUUAAAAAUAUCCAUUAAUAUUUUCAAGUAAUAUGAGAAAAUUUUUUACUAUAAUGAAUAUUAUUUUUAUUGGAGAAAAUCUGUAUAGUAGAACUCCUAUUUUUCUCAGGAACCAGUAGAUUUCGGCCAACCUUAGAAUAAGAGUUUUAGCAAAAUAAUAAAAAUCAAUUGCGACGAAUGAAAUGAAUAAUUACGCUUCUGUUACAUCUCUAAUAUGAUAUAAAAAUUUAAUAAUAACAUGUUUAAAUUCAUAUACUAGAUGAUGAAAAUGAAAGGAGUGAAACAACAAUAAUGUUAAUGACAAACAAAACACAAUAGUUAUUUUAUAAUGCAAGUUUAUUAUAUUUUCAUAAAAGUGUAUAUACAUUAAUAUAACAAUGUAACAAUAUCAGUUAUUGAUUUUUAUUGUAUACAAUAUUUCGGAAUGCGAACGUGUAAUGCAGACAGAUUCGUCAAGGAAGUAGAGUUUUGCAUGUUAACAGAUCCCUUUAACCUUUUGUUUUUUGAAAAAGUGAAAUACAUAGACUGUCUCUUUAUUAAUAAAAAGCAGU